GCCCCCUCCCCCUCCCUUGAGUUUCUUUUACUAUUAUUUCUUCUUCCUCUUCUUUUAUCACGUCCAUAUGGCAGAGGGAGUAUGCACGGAGCAUCAUCCUGUCCAACCUCACACUGAGGUUGAUAUAACAGAUGAUGAGAUUCAGAAGCUGCUUCAUGAAGCAGAGAGCCGGCUUCGAGCUCCUGGAUCGAAACCAACCCAGGAUUCAGAGCUCCAGAUGUCUAAUGGGAAUGAAAACAAAGAUACAUCUUCUCUAAUUCCGAAGUUAUCAGCAAAUCAUUCUUUGCAACCAUACGUACACGAAACAAAUGAAGUCGCCACGCUCGAUCCUUCUCGUAUGAGUGAUUCCCGACAAAAAGACAUGCCUAACUUCGAUCCAACCAAGACCAGGACGUUGAACACUCCAGGAAAGAAGAAGGACAAACCCACAGCGGGAGAAGAUUGGUUUAAUCUUCCAAAGACAGAAAUGACACCAGAGUUGAAGAGGGAUUUGCAGCUCCUUCGGAUGCGUUCAGUUCUAGACCCAAAAAGACACUACAAGAAAGAAGGGAAAGCGAAACCUCCAGAGUUCUCCCAAAUGGGAACAAUAGUCGAGGGACCAACCGAGUUUUUCAGUGGACGUAUCGCAAAGAAAGAUCGCAAGAGAACCUUUGUGGAAGAGGCUAUGGCUAUGGAGCGCGAAACAAGACGUUUCGAAUCCAAAUACAACGACAUACAGACCACGAAGCGAAGCGGCAAAAAAGCAUUUUACAAAGAUCUACGGUCGAAGAGGGGCCGUGAAAACAAGUGAAAAGCAAUGUCUCAGUUCGUCAAGAAAAUGCUUUGAACCCCGCAUAGCGCUAGCUAUGGCGAUUUGGAGGCUGAGCCCGAGUCGUCAUUUGUUUUGGCAGCAUACCAUCGCUCAGAGGUAAUCACCAAGCGCUAAUGUUGCUGGAAGAUAUCCUGUACGGUUUUUUGCACAAGGUC